AUGGAAGAUAAGGAAGCGAGGUACCAAUGCCUGAGUUGCAGAGAGAACCUCUGCGAGGUGUGUUAUUCAUAUAUGCAUCAACGCAUCGAGGGAUACAAGGAACACAGUGUUUCCAAGUUUGGGGAAGCUGAAGUAAACCUGGAUGUUAACAACGACUGUGUUCUGCAUCCCAGCGAAAUCCUGCAAGAAUACUGUGUCCCGCACCAGCUCCUCUGCUGUAGAGUGUGUGUGGCAUCAGAACAUCGAGCUUGUUCUGAGUUCAUCCCUGUAGAUAAGAUUGCUGAGACGAAGGGUACAGACAUCGUGCCGAAAGAUGUCCUGUCCAAACUUCUCGAUAUCAAAGAAAAGGCAGAUUCUUGCCUGGCACCUUUGAAUGAGGAAAUGGAGGGUUAUGAAAUGAAACAUGCCGACUUUCGUAACACGGUCAUGUCAACUGCAGAACAAAUGAAGAAGAAGCUUCGAGAAAUCCAGAAUGUUUUCAACAAUCAACUGCAAGAAAUACAGAUAAAUGAAUCUAAACGCCUUGCAUCUGCCAAGAAGCAUUUAGAAGCGUUCCUGAACACACUCACGGGAGCGGAGAAGUUGCUUACCAUCGUUGCAAUGCGUGGAACCCGAAGACAAAUGUUCAUCACGUCAUCCAGAGUUAAGCUACAAAUCCGUAGACAGUUCGAACGUCUGGAAGAGCAAUAUGGAAAACAAUAUGAAUUUGACUGUCAGUUGAAUUGUGACGUAGAGAAGUUGAGGGAAAUUGAAUAUAUUGCACAUAUGAACGAAAGCAAGACGGACUUAACUGCUGUUUCCGAAUUAGAAGACGAGUUGACAUCAUUUGAGGAAAGUUUGGAAUUUGAUGACUUGACAUCAGAGGCUGUCGUGGACCCAUUGAAACUAAAAGCGAUACAAAUAGCUAAUUACAGUCCGGAAAUAUUUAGAUUCAGAGAUGGCGCUCUUUUGUUAGAUGGCACCGUUUUACUCUUGGUUGGUAAUGGUCUACAAGGGCUCCACGAUGGAGAAGUUUCCGUCCUUUUUGAAUUGGAGGAAACGGACCCCUUUUCAUUUCGUGGGAUGUGUCUGGACGACGACGAAAAACGGCUGUUUGUAACUACAGACAACAAUAAAAUCAUAGAAUUCACUAUCCAAGGAAAGAACGUGCAACGAAUCCGAGAUAUUAACACCAUCGUUGACUGCUCAGCUAUUCGCUACUCCUCGGGGAAAUUCUACUGCAGGCUGUCCAACAAAGAUUAUAGCAUAGCGAUUCUUAAUGAGGAGGGAAAGCCUCUACGGUACCUGUCUGGACCGGACAGCAGCAGUUUCGACAUUGCUCUUUCAAAAAACGGUCAACGUAUUUACUUCAGUAGGAAAACCACGAUGUCUUGCCUGUAUGAUGGAGGGAAGACGGUUUUUUACAGAGAGAAUCUGAUUACGGGUUAUUCCCACAAGGAUUAUAGGGGGCUAGACGUAGACCAAUACGGAAAUGCGUACGUUUGUGAGAGAAUAGAAGGCAAGAUUGUACAAAUCUCUAACAACGGGCAAACGGUCAGAACGUUUCUCGAACCAGGCCCCCGUCCUGAGAUCAUUAGGUUCGACAUUGAACGACAAAAAUUCUGUGUAAUUCGUCUGCCUUCUCAAAGUUAUUUUGUCGACUUCUGUGUGCAAAUAUUUGAAUUAUGUAUUGCUGAUGAAAAUGAAGAGGAGAUUGAGAACAAUGCUGAAUAG